GAUAGAUAUAUAUAGAGAGAGAGAGAGAUGAACAUAUGCAUAGAAAUCUUCCAUUGAUUUUUUCUCCAAAUUGUUGGUAGUUAUCGCUUUCGUUCAGAGAAGUUUUUUGCCUACAAGCAUCAAUUCGCCGGAAGGACGAUGUCUUCGUCGGAGAGAGCGUUGUACGGAGGCGGUAGAUCAAAUUUUUCGCAGACCUGUAGUUUGUUGAGUCAAUAUCUGAAGGAGAAGGGGAGUUUUGGAGAGCUUACGCUUGGAUUAGCUCCGAGUUUCGAGGUUAAAGGAACUAUGAAUCUGUUGCCUAAAAUUGAGGAAUCUACUCAGAUUCCGGUCGCCGGAGACGUUAAAGUGCAGAUGAAUUUGCUCCCCAAGCUCGUCGGCGCCGGGGAAGAGAAUAUGAGUUGUUCGCCGGAAUCCGGACAGAUGACUAUUUUCUACGGCGGUCAAGUGUUGGUGUAUAACGAUUUGCCGGCGGAGAAGGCUAUGGAAAUAGUUACUCUAGCCAGGAAGUGCAGCAGCGGCGGCGGCGCCGGUGGCGGUGCAAACAACCUCCACUCUACCUCCUUUCCAGCUCCAAGUCCGGCGGAAUCCGCCACCGGAGCAACUCCUAACGUUUUCCACAAUUUCUCUCUGGCAGAUUCCGGCCGCCGUCCUCCUCAGCCAGCUCUCGUCUCCGAUCUACCAAUAGCUCGGAAAAAUUCGUUGGCGAGAUUCCUGGAGAAGAGAAAGGACAGAAUCACGGCGAACGCGCCGUACGUCGCCAGCAAACUAGCGGCUUCACCGCCGGCGACUAAAGCCGAGGCGGCGCCGCUCCUCAGCUCGCCGAGAUCCAUUAAUCAAUACUGGCCGCAGGGAUAAGAUGGAUAUCAAGAAAAGGCUCAAGCAUCGGCACAUGAAGCGCAAAUAGAUCUACUGGAGGAGAAGAGGACGAUGGUAAGAGAUCGACUAGAGUAGAUAUAAUUUCAGGAUCUGAAAAAGAUCGAAAAAAAAUAGGGAAAGAUCAUAGUUGGGUAGAUAUAGAAUGAGAUGAGACGUAAAAUUUGGAUACGAAAGAGAAUAUUUGAUGCUCCCAAAAGGAGAUUAGACGAGAGAUAUGAAGACGAUCAAUUACAAAAUCUCAAUAUCACUACAAGAAAAUAUCAUUUUUGUAA